AUGGAUCAAACUGGUGAGACCGACAAAUCAAAACGAAUUAGAGUUAGUUGGAAAAACUUGAAUGUGGUGAAAACGUUUCUCGAGGCUUGCAUCCAUGAGAUAACUGUUAACGGGCGAGAAGGUGGAAGUUUGAAAACAAUUUCAUGGAAAACUGUGUCGGAUGUCCUUAAAGACAGCCAUAACUUGAUUGUUGACCGUAAGCAAAUGAAAAACCAUUAUGACUAUCUCAAGGGGAAAUAUGGAGCAUGGUUACUACUAAGAAACAAAACUGGGAAUGUUUACGAUUCAUCUACUAACAUGUUUAAUCUAACCGACGAAGAAUGGGAGAUGGAAAUGAAGAAAAAUAAACACGUGGAAUUUUUGAGAAACACAACAUUACCAUUUCCUGAUCUUUGUGCAAAACUUUUUGAUGGAGCAAUGGCUACAGGGAUAAAAAGUUGGGGUCCGAGCUCGAAUGAACCAAUGCCUAGGGAUGAACCUCACGUGGUUGAGCCUAUUGUCAAUGAAGAAGAACAAGAUCCGGAUAUUCUUGAAUAUACACCCCAACCGUUUUCUACAGCAUCUCAAUCCUCGACACCUCAAUCCUCAGCCCAACCUAAGCUUGAUAAAAAGAAGAAGGGUAAAGAAAUGAUGGCGAUCGUUGAAGAAGAAAUAAUUGGCGUUUUGAAGAUAAUGGCUGGAAAACAUCAUUCAAAGGAUCAGAAAUUUGAGGUUCCUACAUUUGAUGAUUGUCUUAAAAAGUUGAAUGAGAUUGGGUGGGAAGAUACUGAUCCGUUGUAUGAUGUUGCACUCGCAAUUUUUUGCGAGCCAAAUGAUCAUUAUAGGCAAGCUUGGAUGAAGAUGAAUGUUAUUUUUGGUUCUCCUAUUUUGGGGGCAAUUGGCGCGCUAGAUGGAACUCUUGUGCAUGCCAUUGUGCCUAUUAACCAACAAACCGCUUAUCGAGGAUGA